CUUAUGCUCCUCUCUAAAAGAAAGGCCCCAAAAAGAAGGAAUAUACUACAAAGCAAAGUAGCGAUCAAGAAAAACUUCGAAUCUCAAUAACCUAUCCCCUUAUCUCUUCGCUUAGUAUCUUUCAGAAACCCUAAAUCCUAUAUCCCGAUCACGGAAUCAGAUGAAUUUAUUUGAUUGAGAAAUUGAAGAAGGUGUUGCUGUAAAAGUUCAAUUUGAUUUGGAGAUUAUACAAUGUCUGCGAUGGUUUGCGGCAAGAGAUCCUUCUUCGAAGAUUUACAAUCGCCGUCUCCGACUUCACCAUCGACGCCUGUUUCAAAGAAGCUCCGGUGUUCCUCCACCUCUCCGAGAAGAUUUUCGCCGCCGCCGCCAGCGGCAGCUUCCAUUGAUCAUCUGAGAGCUUUGUUUCCCGAUGUAGAUUGUCAGUUUCUUGAGAAAACCUUGGAGGAAUGUGGCAAUGAUUUGGAUGUUGCUAUUAAGAGACUGCAUGAACUUCAUCUUAUUCAUGCACAAGGAAAGUCAGUUUCUGCCUCAGAAGCUGAUGGAGAGAUGGACGGUGGUAUAGUGAAUACUGCUUUUGUCCUAAAUAAUCCUCCAGCUGAUGGCACAGAAUGGGUGGAGUUGUUUGUGAGGGAAAUGAUGAGUGCUACAAGCACAGAUGAUGCUAGGGCUCGUGCGACAAUAGUGUUGGAGAGCUUAGAGAAAUCCAUUAGUGCUAGUGCAAGUGCAGAAGCAGCUCAAAAUUUUCAGAAGGAAAAUAUGAUGCUGAAGGAGCAAAUAGAACUGAUUCUUCGAGACAAUAUCAUUCUGAAACGUUUAGUGGCCAUCCAACAUGAACGACAAAAGGAGCACAGUGAUGAUAGGAUCCAGGAAGUGCAGCAGCUGAAGCAGUUGAUUGCUCAAUAUCAAGGGCAAUUGAGAACUCUUGAGGUCAACAAUUAUUCUUUGAAAAUGCAUUUGCAGCAGGCUCAGCAAUGCAACUCUAUCCCUCGACACUUUCAUCCAGACGUCUUCUAAUAUUGAAAUCUGUUCAAAUAAGGAGAUUGAACCUAGAAAGUGAUUAAGCCGGUUGGCGUUAUGCGAGUGGUGAUAUAGGAUGUUCAAGUUAAUUUGUACC